UGGUUGGGAGAGCGCAUGUUAUCUUUUCUCCUCGCCAUUAGACGUCCAGGUUUGGUGUGUCAUUGGUUGCAGCCCAGAGCUGGCACCAGCUCAAAGGGGAUGUUGAAAAAUGCAAUCCAUAUGGUGGCACUAUAAAAUCUAGCACAGACCACAACCAAAGACCAAGAUCUGUUCAGGACACCGGUGCCGACGCAAUUCGAAAACCACAUUUUCUGCAUUGCCUGAGGAUUUUUGCUCUCUAAGACGCCCGGGGACCAGGACCAGUUGCUUUAAGGGGGAGGUCCUGUCGGAUUUGAUAUGAAUAUUCUGUCUCAUGUCAUGUUCCUGCUUCUGCUGGGAGUCAUUUCUUGUCAGAACAACAAUCGAAAUGCCAAGUCAAGUGGAAAACCUGCAAAGAAACCUAACAGCCAGGCUAAAGAGACAACCCAGCAUGGCCCUGAAGAUGACCCAAACCUUGCGCCAGCAGGUGCUGGUGAUUCCAGUAAAGAAACUAAUUCUGGAGGUCGUGGCACCACCCAACAAAGCGCAUCUGUCAACAAGCCUGUUGAUGAAAUGAAGCUGCACUUUCUUAAGAACACAUUAGUGACAUGCAAUGAUGGUACUGCUGCUGGGUUUUACCUAAAGGAGUUCAAAGGAAGUAAGAGAUGGCUGAUAUUUUUGGAAGGUGGCUGGUGCUGCUACAACAAAGAGACCUGCGAUUCCAGAUACAAAACAAUCCCCCGACUUAUGAGCUCAGCUGACUGGCCACAGACACGCAAAGGAAGUGGUUUACUGUCAACUCAAGUUGAAGAAAAUCCACACUGGUAUAAUGCCAAUAUUGUGUUUGUUCCCUAUUGUUCAAGUGAUGUGUGGAGUGGUAACAAAGCAGCAUUAAAGUCCAAACAGGCAAAAGAAACAGGUAUUUUUCAGAGAUAUUUUUUUUUUGUGAGACUAUUACAUUUUUGUUUGUUUGCAAAAUUAAUGAUUUAUUCCACCACAGAAUAUGCUUUCAUGGGAUCUCAGAUCAUUCGGGAAGUGAUCAAAGAUCUUUCCCCAAAAGGAUUGAAACAAGCCAAAGUUGUGAUGUUGGCAGGAACAAGUGCUGGGGGAACAGGUGUGCUGCUGAACAUUGAUAAGGUGUCCAGUCUUCUGGAGCAGUUGGGGGCUGAUGCUCAGGUGCGCGGCCUUGUCGACUCAGGCUGGUUUCUGGAAAGUAAACAGCAAAAAGCUCCUGAUUGUCCAGAGAGUGCCUCCUGCACCCCUGUGGAUGCCAUAAAAAAAGGAAUUCGGUUGUGGGGUGGUGUUGUUCCAGAAAAGUGCAAGCAGCAGUAUAAAAGAGGAGAGGAAUGGCAAUGCUUUUUUGGACACAAACUGUACACAUACAUAACUGCUCCAUUGUUUGUAGUGCAGUGGUUGUUUGAUGAGGAACAGUUACGAGUGGAGAACAUUUAUAUGGGCGGGCAAUCGCUCUCAGAGCAGCAGUGGACCUACAUGCAGAACCUGGGAAAAGAGUUUAAAAACUCUCUCAAAGAUGUUACGGCUGUGUUCGCCCCCUCCUGUCUUUCCCACACUUUGAUUACCAAAAGUAAAUGGAUGGAUUUCCAGAUCAAGGGGACGUCACUCUCUCGUGCUCUGCAGUGCUGGGACAGAAGUCUUCAGGAGGCUAAUAAAAACAGCAAAAUACCUCUAAAGGGCUGUCCCUUUCAUCUCAUCGAUAACUGCCAGUGGCCACAGUGCAACCCAACCUGUCCAGCCCUGAUUGACCAGGCCACACAACAGGAGAUGACCCUGCUCCAGGUGCUGGCCAGUAUGGGUUUGGACCUGCAAAAGCUUGGCUUGGAUGUAAGUGGAGAUAUUUCGGCCAGCAUGGUCAGCAGUGGUGGCUAAAUUAGCAUUAGCGGCGGUGGUGUUCUCAUCAACACAAUUCACCUCAUCCACACUUUUUAGAGAUUGUUCAGUGGCUUCCUCUCAUGCCACUUCCAGAGAAGGACCUGGGUUUGUCUAGUGAACAUGUCACUGGAUUUCAGUACCGACAGUCUGCCUUUACAACUGUGUUCUAGAAUGAUUUUGGGUUCUCCAAGCAAGCGACUCUAGCUAGACACAGUUAAUCAAUGGUUAUCACAACUGCUAAUCUAACUAAUCACUUCCAUAUGAGAACUGGUGUCUGAAUUCAAUGCUUUAGCUAAAACUGUCUGACAACAUCAGUGUACCAACAAAAUCAUGAAAAGCUGAAUUUACUGUUAACUAAAACUGAAGAAUGUACAAGUUGAUAGACAGCAAGGACAUUUAGAAGGAUGUUUGGCUUUCCAUCACAUUCUGGAGAAAAGCAGUGCGCAGAUUAAUAACAACAGUUGAUUUUUUUCCUUUUUUUUAAAAAAAAAAGGUGACAAGAAACCAGAACACUGCAAUAACCACAUUCAUCCAAACAUCCUGUAACAAUACUUACUCUAUGUUAUAUAUCUGUAUUAUUUGUGCAUGCUGUUUUAAGACAUUGUAGUCCAUUUUGCAUACAAGAAUCAUAAAAAUGGCACCCAAUGAUAAUAGGUUAUGGAUAAAUGUGGUAUCUGUUUAAUUGUGCCUUAUAUAUGAAUAAGACGUGUAGUUACAUAUUGAUAACCAGCUGAAUGUCCUUAAAAAUACAUCAUGAAACAAAAACAUCUAUUUGAAAUGUAAUUAUCUUACAGUCAUAUGAUUAUACUCCAUGCCUAUUUUCAUGAUCUGUAAUAUCGUUUGACAUUUAUAGUUGGUUUGACUUGUCUUGAACACUAAUAAAAGAUGAA